AGGAAUUGCAACUGCUGUCGCUCAACAACAGAAGUGAACACAAGUCAGCCAUUAUAUCUGAGGAGAACAGAAGGAUUACUGGUUUCCAUGAGGGUGGCCAUGCCUUAGUGGCAAUGCAUACUGCUGGAGCACUUCCUGUUCACAAGGCAACCGUAGUUCCUCGUGGCUCGGCUCUUGGCAUGGUUACUCAAUUACCUGACAAGGAUCAGACCAGUAUCAGCUGUAAACAGAUGCUUGCUUAUCUUGAUGUUUCCAUGGGAGGCAGGGUUGAUGAAGAGCUAAUCUUUGGAGAAAGUGAAGUUACUUCUGGUCUAUCAUCUGAUAUUUCACACGCAACUAAUCUUGCUAGGAAAAUGGUUACUAGAUAUGGUAUGAGUAAUAAAGUUGGACUAGUCACUCACGAUUACAAUGAUAAUGGGAAAAGCAUGAGCUCAGAAACUAGGCUUCUUAUUGAGAAUGAGGAGAAGAGGUUGCUGGAGAGGGCUUACAUCAAUGCAAAAACUAUUCUGAGCACACACGAUAAGGAGCUUCGUGCAAUUGCAAACGCUUUUCCGGAGCAUGAGACACUUGCAGGAAAUCAGAUAAAGGCAUUACUUGAAAAAGUAAGGUCCAAACAGCAGCAACAUCAGAAAACAAUUGAAUCUCAGAGCAGUUCACUGCCUAAUCCAAUUGCUAGUUCUACUGCUGCUGCAGCUGCAUCCAAGGCUCAAGGUGCUACCCCUGUGGGAUCAUAGAGUGGUGACUGGUGACUCAUGCUACAAAAUAACUAUUGGAUUCUAGUGUUUCCACUUUAGUCAAUGGAACUUAAAUUAUGUAUUCUGGCUCAAGUUUAUGUCAUAUGGUAGUUAUUUAAAGAUUGUAGGAUACUAGUUCCCAUUGAUUUGUUUUAUUAGCUAGUGUUUGAUCACUAAAAAUUUGAAUAUUUC